AUGGCGUACAGGGAGCUGCUGAAGCGCUGGCACCGAGCCGUGCUGGCAGCGGACGACGGGGAUUGGGACGCGGCCUUGGACGCGUUCUGCGGCAUCGAGGAGCCGCCGGCCAGGAUCUGCUUCAACGUGGGCUGCGUGCAUCUGCGAGCCGGGCGGCUGCGGGACGCCCUGCGGGCAUUUGAUAAAACAGUUACAAAGGACAACUCCCUCGCUGUCGGCUACUUUCAGAGAGGGUUUGUUUGCCUGCAGUUGGAAAUGUAUGAAGAAGCUCUCUCUGACUAUCAUCUGGCCUUCAGUCAUCUAAGAAAAAAUCCCUUCAUUGAUUACAAGCAGCUGGGGCUGAGGCACAUUCUCUAUGCAUGGGAGGUGCUGUACAGCACUGCUGCCACACAGUGCCGGCUGCAGCAGUGGCAGGAGGCCAGAGAGACCCUAGAGAAGGCCAUCGUGUGGAGACCUGAAGGAAGAUCAGCAACGCUGGCCCUGGCUCUUGAGCGAGUGCAGAACCAUCUAUUUUUAGAGCCUAUGCAGGUUCCCCUGGGGGAAUUUUUCAGACCACGAAAGAAGGAAGUUGAACAGCUGGAUUCAAAAGAUUUCCUGGGGAAACCUAAGGUGAUCUCAUCCAUCAUUCCCAAUGAUGAGUACAUUGGCUUUGAACCUCUCAGGCCACAGAAACAGGGCUUUUAUGAACCCAGUGCUGAUGCUGUGAGAGACCGUGAAUCAGGCUACUAUCGGGUUUUGUCCCAUUAUUACCCUGAGGGUGUGGAGAAGUUGGCAGUGAAAGCCAGCAGCCUGGUCUUUGUGCUGGCAAGAGGAGCAGAUGGCUGGGCUACAGCCAUACAUGAUGGGCAGAAGCUGCACAUACCGACCUCUAUCCUGGAGCCUGCCUCAAAGAUGGAUAAAUGGAAGAUCAAUGAUGGGAUUCCUCUCCCUCCUGCCCAGGUCCCUCCCAGCCGGCUCCACGUGAAGCAGACACCAGAAUCUCUUGGGGAAGAAAAUGUUUCUGCAAAUGAUUCCGGAUCCCAAGUGGAUUUUGAAGUCCCACUGACCCACAGAGACACUUCCUCCAGCUCAGACAGACCAGCUGUGCUGCGGGUGGUUUGCGAGUGCAUGGUGGUGCUGAGGGCAGACGAGGUGCCCUCCGUGCCGGCGCUGCGGGCGCUGCUCCGGCAGCGUUUUGGCCAGCAGGCAGAGCGUGGGAGGCUGAGCUACAGGCAUUUGGAUGGCAAAGAACUAGGUGCAGUUUCAGGAGAGGAAGAUCUAGGGAAGAUGUGGCAGCAGCUGACAGAUGGCAGGAUCACACUCUACUGCCAGGACUUGGACUCCCACUCAGGCAGACCCAUCCUCUACCGGAUGCUGGCUCAGCACUCGUACCCUGCACAGGGACCAGGAGACCUGGAGUUCAGCAAGGGGGAUGUGCUGGAUAUUCUCUCUGAAGGUAGCUCUCCAGUCCUAUCUACAGGCUCUCUGAAAGAGUCUGAUGUAAACGUGACAGAGGAGUGGAUGACUUUUCCAGUGCUGUUUCAACUUUGUGACAGCAGGAGUGAACAAGGACUGGCUUGAAGGGCACUGCAACGGCAAGACUGGCAUCUUCCCUAAAUGCUUUGCAACCCAGACCAGUUGUGCCUUCCCAUAGGGAACAGGAGCCUUCUACCUGACCACAUGAGGAGCCCGCUGCCAUCGGUCCCAUCUGCCAGGGGUAGGAGACACCAGAACCAGCUCAUCUGGACACAGCUGGCCCAGACAGGAGCUCUGCUCAACCUGAACAGAUGUCCUGCACUGACAGAUCCCGUGAGGUCUGUUCCAGCAUUCACUUGGCAGCAUUUCCUGCAGCCUGUUCCCAGACCUGACAUUUUUACCUCUGUGGUUCCACUGCCAAAGAUGUUCCUGUAUAGGGCAGAGAGAAAGGAGGGGACUGUGUUUGGCUACAGGAAAUGUCCACGUGCCAUGUGUCACAUUGCAGGGUGGGAAAAGGUUCCUUUUGGGCAGGAGAGUUUACUCCCUCUCCAUGAUGGUUAGGACCAUCAUAUAUCAUCUUCACACAGUGAAUACUCUGUGGAUCUGAAAGAGCCAAAGAGCUCUGAUUCUUUCUCAGCCCAGAUGCCUUUGGUUGUUUUCUCAAGCCCCUAAGCAGUCCUGCCCGGAUUUUCCUGCUUCUUGCUGUGUGGACAGGGGUCCUGCAGCAAAGAGAGGCAGCUGUGGAGACACCCCUGCACACACCAGCCUGGGGCUCUGGCAGAGGCUUGGAGGGUCUGUGCAGAAGGCAGGCUGGGCACUGCAGUGCUGACCUGGUGGCUGGAGCUGGAAGGACUGAGAGGACUGUCUGAUUCCUGCAGCUGAGCUGUGCUGGGCUCUGCUGAUGUAGAUAAAACACUCAAGUGCCUGGAGCUGGAGCCUGCUAUGGAUUUAGUGUCUGACAAAGCUGGAAUAUAUAACUUGAACGUGAAAUAAACACUGAGCAGAUU